GUUGCGGCAGUUGCUGGGCUUUUGCUGCUUCCACGGUGAUCGAAAGCCAUGUGGCCAUAAACACCGGCGUGCUCCUUUCACUGUCGCCUCAGGAGAUGACUUCUUGCACCCCGAAUCCAGACCAUUGCGGGGGCGAUGGUGGUUGCAGUGGGGCCACAGCUCAGCUUGCCUUUGCGUAUGCAGUCGAAGCAGGUGGUGUUUCAGACAUCUGGCACAACCCGUACUUGAGCGGCAUGGAGUUCAAAAGCCGUUUGUGUCAAAACAACACGCAGUUCUGGUUGCCGCGAAAGGCAAGCAUCGAAGGCUUCGUCACGCUGCCGCAAAACGAUCCCCAGGCCUUGAUGGAAGCAGUUGCAAAGGAUGGGCCGAUAGCUGUCUCUGUGGAUGCCACUGAUUGGUGGAUGUAUGGAGGAGGUAUUUUCGAUGCCUGCAACAAGACGGCUCCCAACAUCAAUCAUGCCGUGGUGCUGGAUGGAUAUGGCAUCGAGAAUGGGACCAAAUACUGGCUCAUCAGGAACUCGUGGGGAGACAGCUUCGGAGAACACGGUUACAUACGACUUCGUCGACAUGACGACGAGCCCUGCGGGGAAGAUCCAGAACCUCUCGAAGGUGUCGGCUGCAAGGUUGGCGGACCGGACAAGAUCUGGGCCUGCGGCGAAUGUGGUGUGCUGUCGGACUCGUCUUACCCGUUGGGCGCGAAUCUGGGGCCCAAAAAGGCGGAAGCAGGUGCCUGGGCACAGAGAGGCUCUAGGUGCCAUCGGAAAAUGGUGCUGCAGGACAGCUCGGACCAGUAUUACAUAAACAUUGGCCGUAGCGCCGCGCCGGUCGACUCGUGGGAAACAGCAGGAGCGGCGGCUGGCCAUGAGGGCUCCACAGAUGCUUCCGAGGCAGAAAGGAAGCUCUUCGAAUACGUCCGCUUCUUCACGCUUCGCAGCCGCGAGGUGCCCGCGGCGUCUGAUGCACAGGCCCAGGCUGCAUCAGCUGCCGCAGCCCCGAGUUGGCCCAGCUUGGAGUUGCAGAGGGCGAACUCAUUUUCACUGAGGUCUUGCCGACGCCGACGGUGUGGUGCAGUCCUUCAGGUGAAGCCUGGGCGGGCGGUGAGCAACCGGCGGUAUGGGGCGGCGGAGCCGGAGCAGCCGCAGGCUGCGACCCACAAGUCGCGGCUGCGCCGGCCGACAGAGGCAGCUACGGCGGCCACGAGUGGGGGCAGUGGGGCCACGGGGCCGCAUCCAAUGCUUGCAGCAGUGGCUACGGUGGGUGGGAAGGCUGUGGUUGUGGAGGUGACGGCGCCUCUGCGGCUUGUGGCGCUUGUGGAUCCAGCUUUGCAAAGGGCAGCUUCGACGUUGCCUGUGGCUUCCCCUGUGGCAAUGGUGUCCCAGGCGGCUGCUUUAAAGGUGGCAGACCAGGUUGGCCCGGUAAGGGCGCGGGCACGGGCGAGAUGUGGGCCCGCGGGUGCGGAGAGUUUUGGCAAGGCGUGGCCUGGAACAAAGGCCAAGGUCACACCCAAGGCUCUUGCCAAGGCAAAGGCGCAGGCGGCGAUGCCUGGAAUGCACAUUUCACGCACUGGAGCAAGGGCGCUGGCGGCGCUUGGGACGUUAAUGGAGCCGCUGGACGGGCCAAGGGCGGCUGGGCCCAUGAUUGGCAAUGCUAGUCCUAAGUUGAGGUACUACGAGGCUGACUUUGCGGACAACAAGUUCUACGGUCCAAAGGAUCGCGUGUUGGCUGCUGCAUUCUUGGAGUUCUUGGGGUCGGAAGAACUCUGGGGUGAUCAUCUGCUGGACGAGCUCUGCCAAAGCGCAGAAGUCCUUCAG